GAAAUUUACAAGCCGACCGACAAUAAUGGCGAGGCUGGCCGUGCUGCUGCUGCUCCUGGCACUGGUGGCCAUAGUGGCUGCGCAGACCGAUCCGCCGGGCUUCAACAACUCGGACAUCAUGGGCUGGCUCGGGAACCGCAAGAAGGACGACGAUACGGAGCUUGUCUGGAGCAUCACGAUGCGUGGCUCGACCCUAAGCGUCAACACGACGGCCGCGCAGCGCGAGUGGGAAAAGCUCUACCGCAUCAACGGCGACAUCUUGCGCAACGACCAUACCAAUCUGUGCCUUGAAGCGGCGUACUCGGCGUCGGUGCUCCGCGUCUACGGCGCCAUCUGCAACGCGUCCUCGCCCGAGCAAACGUGGACCUUUGCGCACCGCCGGCUCGAGCACGCUAUCUUUCGCCGCAACUGCCUCGCGAUUGUCGAUGGCGCGACGCCGGUCGUGCGCAUGGAAACCUGCGACCAGUCGGCGGCCGUGCCCAGCAGUCAGAAGAUCCGCUUCUUCCGCUAAUAAUGCCACUCGCCUGUAUUUAACCUAUCUACUGUUGCCACUCUGAGAGGCCUUUGUCUACGGCGCUGCACCAUGGCACAACAGCGAGCAUCAAGCGUAAGCGUAAGCGUGCGAGGCUGAUCCCUAAAUUCGUUAGCUCCAUGUGCGUGUGGCGAGGGCUCAUCACGGAGCUCGUUUCGCAGCUAGCGCUGUUGUGGCAUCGGUGCGUCGACGCCAUCCUCGUCGAUGUUACGCUCUGCCAGCAACCCUCACUUGCAGCUCGUGCUUGCAACGACAUUAGCCCACCAACUUCUUGU